AUGUCACAAUACGAGUCCAACACCUCCUCCUCCUCCUCCUAUGGCGGGGCCGGCGCCCCUCGCGGCGCGCGCCGCAAGAAGGUCUACGAUUACCUCAAGGCGGCGAACGAGCUGCGGCAGACGUAUGCGGCGCAGUGGGCGGCGCAGUUGAAUGGGCAGGGCGGGCCGCAGCAGCGGGAUUACGGUGAUGAGUACCACACGGGCGAUGCGCCGGGGGCGUUUCCGGAUGUGGAGAUUGCGCGAUCUGGGUUGGAGGAGAUGGUGAUUUUUCCGAGUUAUGGGCGGCGGAUUGGUGAUGUUGUGGGCGGUGAUGACCCGUGGGCGAGGCGGAGGGGCUCGAAUGCGACGAUUGAUGAGUAUCGUGGUCUUGACACAGACCAAAAUACGGUGGCCGGGUUUGAUGACUAUGUGGAGAAGAAUGCGGUCGUCUCGGUGGAUGUGCGCGGUUGGCUCUAUGCGCCGCAUCGCGGGCCCAUGACGCGGAAGCAUCGGUUGAUGGUUGCUUUGGCGAGGAAGUUGAGUGGUGUGCCUGCUCCGGUGAAUAAUGCGGGGGCUGGAUCGGGGGGGAAUCUGGGGGAUGAAUCGGGGGGGAAGACGGAUCGGCGGGAGGAGGAGCUGGUCGAUACGGAGGCUCAGUCUAUUAUCAAGGGGGCGGAGGGGCGUGCGGAUUCGGCGUGGAAGGAGACUGCGUUGGGGGGCGAUCGAGGCGACAGAGAUAAUAAUCCCGGGGUGGUCCCGGGGCGGCUGCCGCAACGGACGGGGACCUCGUCGAGUUUGGCGAGUACUGCGACAACGACGACGACGACGCAGAUGACCAAGGACGAGCUCUCGAUGGCCAAUGCGCAUCUGAUGGAGCGGUUGCGUCCUUUUCUCACAAACCCCGUCACGGAUAUGCCGGUGACCGUGUUCUUUUUCGACGAGACCCGGAGUCAGUCGAGGAGUAUCAUGACGGAUGUAUCCGGCCAUUUCAGGAUGCGCGCCGCUCUGCCCUUCGUCCCGACCCAUAUCCGCGUCCUCGCCUCGGAGAAUCUGUCGGUCGUGAAGGAAGUGCAGAUCAUCGAGCCCUCCGGGAUCAGUUUGAUCAGUGAUAUCGACGAUACGGUGAAGCACUCGGCCAUCGCGAGCGGCGCUAAGGAGAUCUUCCGGAAUACCUUCGUCCGCGAGUUGGCCGAUCUGACGAUCGAGGGUGUGGCGGACUGGUACAAUCAGCUGGCGAAGAUGGGGGUGGAUUUCCAUUAUGUCUCGAACGCCCCGUGGCAGCUCUACCCGCUCCUGGAGCGGUACUUCAAGCAAGUCGGCUUGCCUCCGGGCUCCAUUCAUCUCAAGCAGUACAGUGGGAUGCUCCAGGGGAUCUUUGAGCCCACGGCGGAGCGGAAGAAGGGCAACCUCGAGCAGAUCCUAAAAGACUUUCCUUCGCGGAAGUUCAUCCUGGUCGGCGACAGCGGCGAGGCGGAUCUGGAGGUCUAUACCGAUAUCGUCCUGGCCAAUCCAGGCAGGAUCCUUGGCAUCUUCAUCCGCGACGUCACCACAACGCACAAGAAGGAGUUCUUCGAGAAGUCCGUGGACUAUCUGGAACACAGAGUGUCGGCGAGUCGCAGCGAUCCCCAGCUUGUCGACGACUCCGAUGCAGCCCCCAAGCGGCCGGCGCUCCCGCCUCGACGGCCUCUCGCAUCAUCGGCCAACAACCCAUCUGCAGAUGCCGUCAGCCUGGACAAUGGAGAUCUGAUUGAUCUUCGUGAUGACGACGAGCGGGAAACCUCAUCCCGGGAUCGGAAGACCCCCUCGGUGUCUCCCGCCGGACGGACACCCCCAGCUAAACCGUCGAAGCCUUCCUCUCUCCGCUCGAAUUCAACGAGCCCCGAUAUGUCGGUGGGGGAGUCGAUCAAGCGGAAGCCCGUGCCUCCCCUACCGCCGCGUCGGUCCUCCACCAAGCCCGAGGUCUCGCCGGACCGGACUACGGCCGUGGAAAACACGAGGCAGCAACUACCCACGCGGCCGAAGACCGCCGGUCUCGACCGGGAGAUGGGAGAUGCAAAGGUUAUCCGCUCGAAGCAACCUCCGCCUCCGCCUCCGCCUCGUCGAGCCAACACCCUGGCGUCCGUCGAAAGCUCCGGCUCAUCCCAGCAAUCCACAGCCAACCGUCCCACCCCGCCUCAAAAGCCACCGCAGCAGCAGCAGCAGCAGCAGCAGCAAUCCUACCCCGCCGCAGCAGCCUCCGCAGCAUUGCAGUACGCCUCCGAACGUCUGAACUGGUCCGCCUCCCCGGCCAACAUCCUCCGCUCCACGCAGUCGAACUCCUCACUUAAUCGAACCAACACCGGCGGUGCCACGGACCGGACCGGGGGUUCCGAGAACCCGCCGCCUGCCGCGCCGCUGCCGAAUAAACGGGAAGAAAUGUGGCGGCGGCGGUGGGAGCGCGCGCAGGAGCUGCUCGAGACCCGCGGUGUGGUGCUGGGGAGCUGGCGGGUCGGCCGGGAUGCGCAGGAUGUGAGUGUGUGGUUGGUGGAGGAGGGGAUGAAGGAGGUGAGGGGGGUGAAGAAGGGUGAUCGGUAGAUUUUAACUACCAUUCUUCCUUGUUACUGAUAAUGGGGUUAUGGGGUUUACGAGACUACCUAGUUGCCUACUUCAAGGCUAGAUACCACUACGUGCGUUGUACAUAGCAUUCUCAUCCGAUCAGAUCACGAUUGCAUUCCAAGGGCAUAUGGCAUAUCUAGUACCCCCCACCUACAACCACCCUCUGCCCAGCAAACUGAACAAAAGAAAA